AUGAACGCAGCAAGCUCUCCAAGCUGUUCGAAGGCGUUGUCGCUACACAUUGGACAGACCUGCCUGCAUCACCGAUCCUCAUGUUCUAAGGUCACUUUGCUUGUGCUGGCCAUCGUGGGUGCCCUGACAAAGUUUCUGGAUCUGUCGCCCAACUUCGCAUUGAUCGCAUUUGGCCUGCAGUGGGGCUUCUUCCUGCUGCAGGGUUGGCCGCAGCGUUCUGAAGUGCUGUACGACGCUUCAGGCUCGCUCACUCACCUAUCGAUUGUUUUGGCAGCUCUUCUCUCCGAUCCAGUGCGAACUCCUCGCCAAACCAUUUUGAGCAUUUUCGCUGUGGUGUGGUGUACCCGACUGGGCACUUUUUUGUUCAACCGCAUUUCGCAAGACUCGAAGGAUUCAAGGUUCACAGACUUGAAGACGGAGUUCUGGUCAUUCUCGAUCGCCUGGAAUCUGCAGGUGUUGUGGGUCUUCCUUUUACAGCUCCCAGUCAUGAUGGUCAACACCACAUUGAAUCAACCAUCGAUAGGUGCUUGGGAUGUACUUGGCUGGGCUCUUUGGUGCAUGGGCUUUCUGGUGGAAGCUGUUGCUGAUGGUCAGAAGUUUGCAUUCCGAGGGAACCUUGCAAAUCGAGGACGUUUCAUUACGUCAGGUCUCUGGAGAUAUUCACGCCAUCCAAAUUACUUCGGAGAGAUUCUGAUGUGGAUUGGCUUGUGCACCUCGUUCACAUCAUGCAUCACUGGCAUACCUCAGCUAUUGGCUUGGAUUUCGCCGGCCUUCAAUGCAAUUCUCCUGGUGUAUGUCUCGGGUGUGCCGCUCCUUGAGAAAGCUGGAGAAAAGAAAUGGGGCCAAGAGCCAGAGUACCGCCACUACAUGGAGGAAUGGGUUACCUUGAAAGUAUGUGCAGUUUCCAACCAUGACAAGAUGGGCCCGGCGCUGGAUCUAGGAAUCAAUCUCGUUGUUUUCCUUUCCCUGCUGGCCAUUGCCGCUUGCAUCUUCAGCCUGCCCAGCAAAGGCGUUUCAGAGCCUACGAAAAGGUCUUCACAGCACAAGAGGUUGGCACCAGAGCUGGACGCAACCCCGGAGGUUCCGAAAUGCAUAGUCGCAGAUUCGCCACUGGAAAAGGGGCAACGCUGCACCGGGACCGUGCAGCGUUAUUCUGAGCGCAACGGCAUUGGAUUCAUUGCGUGCGCACAGUGCAGGGCCGUUUAUGGGCGAGAUGUGCAGUUAUUCCAGGAGGACUGGGAGGCUUUGGACCUCACCAUCGGAGCAGUUGUCAGCUUCAUGCUUUCCGUGGAAGAACGCUUCCCGUGUCCCAAGGGGAGGCCCUGGGCCGCGGACGUGCAGCGAGUCAGGGCACAGCUGGGAUCAAAGUCCUACGUGCUUGGUUCAGCAAGGCUAGGGCAGCUGAGGGACUCUGCAGACUUAGCUCGUCGGCUCUGUCGGCUCUCGCAGCCAGCCUUGCGACAUCAGCUUCGAGCACGGCUUCAGGCAGAUGGCUACCUCUAUCUCAGGAGCUUCUUGCCGGGAGAUGCUGUUCGCAAAGCACACCUAUCCCUUUUGCGGAAGUUUCAGCGCUUGGGUUUGCUGGCGGAUGGAUACCCGGUGGAGCAGGCUAGAUGCGGCGCAUGCGCAGAGAUGGGAAGACUCGAAGAUUUAUGCUCUGAAGAGGUGCUGGCAGUCCUGAAUGACAGGGAAUUGUUUUGCUUCUUGGACAGCUUCCUUGAGGAUUUGGUGGAGGUGGUCUUCGACUCGGCCAACCUUCGGGCGGUGAAGCCGGGGCAAAGCACCGGGUUUCACACCGACUCUGUCUACAUGGGGAAGCUGAUGGUACCUGAGCAGCCACCAGUCCUGGCAUGUUGGAUUGCUCUCAUGCCGAUUCCUCUCGAUCUUGGCGGAUUGGUCCUCUGCCGCGGCUCCAACUCGCACCCAGGAUUUCAAAUUCUGCGAAGAACAUAUGGGAAGCUUGACCUGGAUGACAGCGACAUUGGUGGGACCGGUUGGUUUACGGAAGAUCCUGAUGAAGUCUCAAAAUUUGGCGGCUGCUGGGAAACUGCUGCAUAUGGACCAGGUGACGUUGUUCUCUUCACAAUGCACACGAUGCAUGGCAGUUCCGUGAACCGCACGGACUCCUGGCGCCUCUCCCUAGAUUUCCGAGUACAGUCAUCCAGGGCACCUCCCGCGGUCUCACAGAACAAGGGCAGGUGGUCACGAUUGCGGCACGAUCGAUUGGAGUUUCCAAGAAGUAUGGAGGAGGCGAAAGCAGCUUGGAAUCUCGAAAAGGAACCUUCUGCCAAACGGCGGUUGCCUGAUCUGGCUGCUGGAAUGAAGCACCGAGUGAUUCGAGCAGCCGUGAAAAUG